CGCAGUUUUUUAUUUAGUCUGACUUGAGCACGGCGCGCACUACGCUGCCCUGCCGGACUAUUUAGGAACAUCACGCACUUUUUCCACCCAGGACACUCACAGGAGCACACAAAGAGUGGCAUCAUGGGGAGCAGCAUUUCAUGUGUGCCCCAGGACAACUUCACCUUCUCUGGCAAAAGUUUCAUCCGGAGGAACAGCAGUCGCCUAUUUCGCAAGAAGAACCCCCAAGAGGGUCAGGAGAAGUCCAACAGCAUCAUCAAUAUCCUCUGCACCGUCACCCCGAGGAAGGAAAUGUCCUCCAAAGACCUGCAGACCAUCGAGAACAUCAAAUGGGAUCCCCCCUUCCCCUACGACCCGGCCAGCGGCUGGAAAAAGAGCAGCAUCAACGUGAAGAAUUAUGGGCGGCUGAUUCACAGCUCCAAAGUUCGUUUUCGCUUCUUGCACUGCCAGGAUAUCCACGAUUGCUACCUGGAUCUCUUCCAGACACACCUUCACUUUGUGUCCAACAACACUCCUGGAUUGACAUACCAGGGAACUCUUCCACUGAAGGAGCUCACCAUCUGCAACCUGCAACAGAACUGCAACCACAGCCAACCCAUUGAAUACGCUUUUCAAAUAAAUGGUGUCAGCCUGAACCCCAUCAUUGUCUAUUGUGCCAACCAAGAAGAAAUGGACCGAUGGUUUGGCCUUCUUAAAGAAAACAUUGAAGCCAAUGGUGGCAAUGCUAUCGCACCGGAAAACUACACCAGAGUCAAACAAAACCAUGAGGAGAAGACGCCGGCAGGCAGAGAGGAGCUAAGAAACUCUAUCAACAAGGAGCCCAUCUAUGAGUGGGAGGGCUCGCAGCGGGACAGCCUGGGCCCCAUAACUUACGUCACCAAAGUCCGUUUGCAGCACCUGCCCUGUCAGCAACAAAGUGACCGACUACUGGUUAUGUACACGUCAACACUGAUCAUCUUAUCGGAAGAGGAGCACGGCCUUUUCUACAAGGGGAAGCUUCCACUCAACAUGAUCACUGUGACCACACCCUGCCAAGACGUGAAGCCCAACACCUUUAUGAUUGAAGGGAAGCUCAUCAACCCCAUAGUGGUGACUUGUCUGGAUAGAAGAGAGUUCUGCGACUGGAUCCAACAUUUUAAAGUCGCUGACGUGCCCGUUCUCAGCCCACCGCCCCCGGUCUAUGACAUCAUCUACACACCAACACACACUGAGUCACCACAGUUUGACAGGUGGAGUGGAAACAGUCAAGGCUACCCCGAGUCUCUCAAGUUCAGUCAGAGCGGACGUGGAUCCCAGAGCCGUCAGUUCCCCACUCAUGAUGAAAACCCACUCUCACCAGGAUACUCGGAACCUCUCUGUUACAGCCGACCCUCCUCAACCGAAACCACCCGCCUGGGAAGCAGGACCAGCAGCUUCUCUUCCCACACCAAGCUUGAGCGUGACUCACGAGCUUUGCCGCUGCACAGCUCCUACUUCCAGCCUGUGGAGAGCUCCGGAGGCCUGCCUCGGCUGUACAGCACGCCGUACCCUGGUCCACAUCGCCUCGAGAAAGGCCUGCUUGUCAAGUCAAACAGCUGGAACACAACUCGGACGUCUUUGGGCUACUCCUUGAAUGUCCCGCAGCGACACUCAGACAUGUGCGCUCCUCGCCAGCCCCUGUCCCCACUCUACGAUGUGCCGUGUAGCCCCGAAAUCUUUACCUUGGAUGAAGCAAGGCCAGUGGAGAGCUGGCAGGAGCCCACUCAUCUGUACCACCAGCAGCAGCAAAGCUCUUGGGUUCCACCCUCUUCCUUCAAGCUCCGCACCCCACCGAUGGGCAGGCACAGCCAGAAGAGAAGCCUGGUGCUGACCAACUCGCAAGGGCAUACUCCAGGCCUAGCGAUUGAGAGCCCCCGGAGACAAGUGGAGCAGAGAGUCGAGGCCGUGUCGAGGCUCAAGCUUCUGACUGCACCGUCAAAAGGACAAGAGCAGGCACAUCUCCGCUCCAACUGUGGGAUCAACACGGCUCAGAUGUAUCGUUACUCACCAGAUCUUCAUUCAUACCUUAGACCCACAGAACCAGAUGACCAGGAAAUAGACUACGACAACAUUUGGGAGGGUGAUUGCCACACUGGAGUGAAUCAGCUAACGUCUGGAAUUCCGACACACUGGAGUGGAUUAAACAGCGGGGCCAGGGGCCUUGGUGCCAUGGCAACGGACCAGAGAUGGUCAUAAAGCAAAACAAUUGGCCGGCACUUGUCUGGACGUGUGCAAACAACGGAUCUCUAUCAGAGGGAUCAUAAAAGCCAACAAGCGCAAGGCUGUGUUGUCCAGUAAGCGUACAGGAGAGUAAGAAGUAUUAGUGGUGGCAGGCAUGUGAAGGGGGGGGGGGGUAUCUAAAAACACUAAGGCAUACAAAAGUCCAAAUAAGUUUGAAAACUAGUUUGACAAUGAUGUAAAAUGAUUGUACUUUUUGCUUGGGCUGUGUUUGGUUCAGAAGAGCAGUUUUUUUUUUUUUUUCAUUAAAACAAACAAGAAAAUCAUUCCACAGGCCCUUCCUAAUGAAUCUAUUGUAUUAUUUUUGUAAAUACUGUACAUUUUUUGUAUUGUAAAUAGAGGUUUAUUUUGUAUGUAAGUGUAAUAUUAUUACUGCAUCAUUCAUUCUGAAACAUGUGUGGUGUCUAUUAUUUUUGUUUAUUUAUAUUUUCAAAAAAUAAACUGAUAAAAUGA